UGAUCUUGAGGUCGUCACUGUACUUUCAGUCGCUCAUUACUUUGGAUUAUCGACCCUCUCUCCCGGACUGCGGUUAACCUGGCGUUUCUACUCCCACAACCUCUUCAACGAACCUGAUGAACAUCUCACCAUGAUGCCGCUAGCUCAGGUGCACCAUAUGGUGCAGCCGCAGAUCGACCCUCUGAGCUAUUACCAGAGCCAGCUGAAGCCGGAAUACUCACAGCACCAUCAUGGGUCCCACCUCUCACAGGCGUCACUGUCGCUCCGUAGCACCAACUCAACACCCCGUGCGCUCGCUUUUCACAGUGCCCAGCAUGUACCAGGCUUGCAACGCAUCACGGCAACCUUCUCGCGGUUGCACGCCCACGAGCACGAUCAAGGCGAGCCGUACUAUCUGCGGCGAAAAACCCCGAGUGGAACCAUUGACAACGGGUACGACGGGUCGUUGGCCCAUCUAGCUUCAGGUCCCCCGCCGGUGAAGCAUAUGAUUCUGUCGGCUUCCUCCAGAAUCUUCCCUACUGCUGUGGUGCAGGGGGCGUCUAACCCAUCGGCUGGUGGUGUGCUUCAGCAACAGGUCCCGGCGGGUGCUUGGCCGUAUCCAGCGGCGAUGCCAACGGCCAGCUUCGAUCCAGGAAUGGAGGCAGUGAACGGCUUACACGGCACGGCGAGGGGAUGGGGAAUGGGGUCGCCAGGCCCGGCGUUAGGCCCAGGCGCAGCAGACGGUGCAACCUUCGUGCAGGCUGCGCCGCAACAUAAUUAUCAUGUGCCCGGCUUGCAGCCUCUCCUCGGGCCACCGUAUCAGCAGCAGUCGUCGUCACAAACGGCAUACAGUCCCGGCGGCUUCCAGCAGCCUGCGGUAUGGAGAGAUGGAAACCUUGGUUACCGCACCUUCAUCCCGCUGGCAAACAACUACACACCACAGAACUCAGUUGACAGUGCGUUCAUGGCAUCCACGAUGCACCAUGGCCUGGCCAAUGCUCCGGGACUAGGGCAAACACACCAUUUAGGCCUGCCGCUACCUGGACAACCCCCCAAUGAUGGCUUCGUUCGCUACGGCCAGAAUCACUUAGUGCAUCAAGCGGCUCACCCUGGACAAAAUUCCGUCUCGAUAACGCCCGGCGCCGGAUUUGCCAACGCCGUUGCCUCAGGGGAAUUGGGCUCACCAGCUCGCUUCAGGGAGCGGGCGUUGCAAAGCGCGCACAAGGCAUACAAUGACCUACUUCUUUAUCUCACCAGUGCUAAGAAGGCGAACCAUGCACGCAGUGGCUCCAGCGCGCGAGCAUCUUCGAAGAUGAUGGUGUACCCGAAGCCCUCCACCACACCCGGCGGUAGCGGCAACAGAGUACCGGCAUUAUCCACCUUUGGUGAGCUUACAGAAGGCUAUUCGCAGCAGAUAGCUCGCAGGGAGGCGGCUCUUCGAGCAUUUGCCAGUGGUCACCAUCAACGACCAUUCCAUGAAAUGGGCUCGCCCAUUCUCAACGCCAAGGCUUCCCUAGAUAUGCUAUCGACAUUAUGUGAGCAGAGUGGCUGGAAGUGGGUGGAGGGAAUGCUGCUGGGAGGGUGUCUGCAUUAUGGUCUGGAGCGCUAUGAGGAGGCAUUGGAAUGGUUCAAGCGGAUCGUGAACCUAGACCAAAGCCACGUGGAAGCCAUCUCUAAUAUCGCAGCGACACUGUACUGUCUGAACAGGCAUGACGAAGCAGAACAACAGUGGGUGCGAGCCAUCAAGCUACGACCGAGCUAUCUCGAAGCAGUCGAGCAUCUCGUCAGCUUCCUCUGCUCAGUACACAGGAACAGCGCGGCGGUGAAAGCCAUUGAGUUCAUCCAGCGGUCGUUGCGAAUACGAGGAUCCGAUGCGCCGCGUGAUCAAGCCAGCGAGACUGCCAGCGAGGCAGAUACGGCCUCGACAACUACGUUCCCCGAAUCCAGCCCGGACACAUACCUGCUGGAUUCGGAGAGCGCAGACAGUCCAGAGCAGCGCUUUGCUUCCAUGGCGGAGGAUAGCAAGGCACCUGGAUUUGGCUCCAGCGGCUAUCGCAUCCCAGGCAGCGAGAAUGGUCGGAUGGUUCUGCUUAUUCACGCCAAAGGGAACAUGUUGUACUCGCUCAAAGAGAUUGAUCGUGCCUCGGAGGCGUUUGAAGAGGUUGUAUUGAUCAGUGCUGGCAGGCAGAUCCAAGGCGUCCAAUCGCUCAUCCGAAGGAUACAAACCGUACUGGCCCCCAGGGACCCUCGCUUAGGCCAACAACGGGGCUCCGUCAUCGGAAACCCGUAUCCCCCUUUGCUCCUUGCUCCAGAUAGAGCGAAGCUUACAGCUCAAUUCGUCUUCGCUCCCACCGGCGGCCAACUGCCCGGACUGCAGCAUGUUUCUGAGGGGUCUCACAAGAAAUCGGUGGUGGCGACGACGAGCAACGCGCUCCUCUCCCUCGCCAAAAUCUAUCAGGACGCAAUGUCGAAUGGCGGUUCCAGCACUGGCCUCAUCCGCCAGCCCGCCGGGGUCGGGGACAUUCUCGCCCUGUAUUAUCUGUCCUUGUCGUUGCAAGAGAGCCCUUCGACGGCCAACAACGUUGGGAUCCUGCUCGCGGGCGUCCAGCAGGCUGCGCCGGCGCAUAUCAUCUCAAUCUCUGACAUGGGCUAUGCCACGAGCAUUCCAGGAAUCGUCCCUGGCAGCGGACUGUCGCUGGCCCUCGCAUAUUAUCAAUACGGCCUCACAUUGGACCCCAAACAUGUGCACCUGCACACGAACUUGGGGAGUCUGCUCAAGGACAUUGGCCAACUGGACAUGGCGAUCUCAAUGUACGAGCAAGCCGUGGCCUGCGACGGUACCUUCGACAUCGCCCUGACAAACCUCGCCAAUGCGGUCAAAGACAGGGGUCGGGUCGGUGACGCCAUCAAAUACUACCAGAGAGCUGUGGCUGCGAACCCCGACUUUGCCGAGGCUGUCUGCGGUCUCUCCACUGCGCUCGGUUCGGUAUGUGACUGGAGGGGCCGUGGCGGUGUCUUGCUUGCAGGUGGCAAGUAUGAUAGGUGGCACGUUGACGAGAAGGGCAUGCUUCAAGACGUCAAGAGCCUGGGCAAGGGUAGUGGGCUGAUGAAGCGCGUCGUCGACAUUGUCCGCCGCCAACUGAAGGAGUCCUCAUCUUGGGGUGUGGGGAUCCUGCAGGGACGCUCUAUGCUGCAGUUGAUAGCACAGCUCAGGGAUGCUGGGGCCGGCAUCACGGAUCCUUCCCUUGACCUGGAGGCUGAGCUUCGGAAAUGGGCCGGAAGACCUGGCGAGGGCUAUCGGAUCCUACGCCUUGUAGAGCGUUCGACGGUUGCUGCUAUGCGUUGCUGGUACCAAGAUAAGCACAUCAGGGGCAUCCAGUCGCCCGGGUAUCGCCGGCCGAAGCCACCGAGAAGUCUUCCAGUCCCCUCAGCGCCGACAGUGCUACCCUUCCACACUUUCACAUGUCCCGUACCGGCCAAGGACGUCCGACAGAUUUCGCAGAGGAACGCACUGAGAAUAUCGUUCUCGACCCUCCGGUCCCCGUGGAUCCCGGCCACCGUGUAUGAGCCUCCAGAUCCGCCGAGCCCUCAUCUCAACGUGGGCUACGUCUCUUCCGACUUCAAUAAUCAUCCCCUAGCACACUUGAUGCAAUCCGUUUUUGGCAUGCACAAUCCGAGGCGCGUCAGGGCGUUUUGCUACGCGACAACAGCAAGUGACAGGUCGAUCCACCGCCAACAGAUCGAGCGCGAGGCGCCGGUGUUCCGCGAUGUGAGCACCUGGUCCCCCGACAGGCUGGUUGAACAGAUCGUCAAGGACAAAAUCCACAUAUUGGUCAACCUCAACGGUUACACGCGCGGAGCCCGGAACGAGAUCUUCGCCGCUCGACCGGCUCCGAUCCAGAUGUCGUUCAUGGGUUUUGCAGGGACGCUAGGAGCCGAGUGGUGCGAUUACCUGUUGGCCGACUCGACAGCCAUUCCCCCGUCGACCCUUCGCCCCCACCGCCAGAACCUGACGCUAGAGGACGUGUUCCGCGACGAAGCUGAUGCCGACGCGGAGGAUUGGAUCUAUUCGGAGAACAUCAUUUUCUGUCGCGACACCUUCUUCUGCUGCGACCACGCGCAGUCGGCCGACGGGUGCAACGAGAGGGAUAUGACAUGGGAAGAGGACCAGCGGAGACGGUGGGAGAUGCGCAAGGAGCUGUUUCCCAACCUUCCAGACGAUGCCGUCAUCCUAGGGAAUUUCAAUCAGCUAUACAAGAUCGACCCAACCACCUUCCGCACCUGGCUGCGCAUCCUCGCCGCCGCUCCCAAAGCCUACCUCUGGCUGCUCCGCUUCCCCGAACUCGGAGAGACCCACCUUCGCCGUACUGCACGGGACUGGAGUAGCGAGGGGGUCGCCAGCCGCAUCAUCUUCACCGAUGUCGCACCCAAGCAGCAACACAUCUCGCGCGCCCGCGUAUGCGACCUGUUCCUCGAUACUCCCGAGUGCAACGCCCACACCACGGCGGCCGACAUCCUCUGGUCGAACACGCCGCUUCUCACGCUGCCGAGGUAUGAGUACAAGAUGUGCUCGCGGAUGGCGGCGUCGAUAUUGAAGGGCGCGCUCCCGAAGGGUGAGGCGGGCGAGCAAGCCGCGAGGGAGCUGAUUGCGGGGGACGAGAGCGAAUACGAGGAGUUUGCCAUCACCUUGGCCAACGGGCUUUCGUACCGUCCUCGCCGGCACCACCCCACUGGGAAGAUAUACGGCGAGGCGGUGGGCAGGCUGGGGGAGCUGAGGAAGCUGCUAUUUGACAGCAAGUGGACUUGUGCACUGUUUGAUACGCGGCGGUGGGUUAGGGAUCUAGAGGAGGCGUAUGAGAUUGCUUGGGGAAGAUGGGUGCGUGGUGAAGGCGGGGACAUAUACCUCUGAGCUUGUUUUUCUUUUGAUUUUUUUUCAGUCUUUCCUCUGUACUUUCUGGGCAUGGUGGGAAUGGUAUC